AUGAGGCUGCCGCUCGAGAAAUUUUUGAAAGAAGGUAUUUUACUCUUGGAUGGCGGACAAGGAACUGAGUUAGAAAACAGGGGCAUAUGCAUCUCUCAUCCACUAUGGUCAACACUUCCAUUCCUCACCAAAGAUGAAAAAGAAUUGAAGGUUAUUAAGGAAAUGUAUCAAGAUUUCGUAAGGGCAGGCAGUAACACUCUGAUGACAAUUACCUACCAGUCAUCUUACAGCUCUGUGAAAAAAAAUGCAGGAGGAUUGAUUAACACUGAAGAAGAGUAUGUGGCUUUUCUGGAGUCCAUAAUUGAAUUUACUGACCGCGAGUGUACAAGCUCCGAUGAAUAUUUGGUGGGAAGCGUGGGUCCCUAUGCUACGUAUUUGUCAAACGGGUCUGAGUAUUCUGGCGAUUAUGGCAAAGACAAGAUAGAUUUCAUUGAAUAUUACAGGCCGCAGGUGAAAACUUUCGCACGGUCACCGCGUAUAGACUUGAUUGGCAUUGAAACCGUUCCAAACAUAAAUGAGUUUGAGGCUCUGUUGAGCCCUGCGUUUGCACAUCUUUGUUCCUCAAAGCCAUAUUUCAUUAGCAUCACCACGGACGCAAACGGCAAUUUGAGGGACGGGACUUCCCUACAGGACAUUUGUCUCACCAUUGAAAAAGCGGCGCCCUUCUUUCCCCCGAAUUUUCUUUUCUUCUCUAUCAAUUGUGUUGAGUUCGCUCACUGCACUAAGAUUAUGUGCUCUCUAAACAAUUGUCUUGACAGUCUCAAUGUAGACAGGCGUUUCAGCUUCAAGGGAGUCUAUCCGAAUUCUGGAGAGAUUUAUCAUGGAGACACUCACUCAUGGAGCAAAGGUCUUCACGCAGAAGAUCAGAGAAGCUGGGAAGACAUGGCUUAUCAGCUUUUAGACCAACAGUGUACCAUGAUCGGCGGUUGUUGUAGAACUGGCCCCAAGGAAAUUCGUGAAGUGUAUUUGGCUGCAAAGGCCUAUAGUGACAGAGGCAAGUUUUCCGGAUGA